UUAGCCGCUCGAUAGCGGUGGCAAUGGCGGGCAUGGGCGCGGGAGAGUUGGCAUGGUGGCUGGGCCUCGUCUUCGGCGCCGCCCCGCUGCUCUGCCUCGCCGUCUGGCACUCCGCCGACGCCUCGUACCGCGCCGCCUUCUUCCUCAGGCACGGCGGCCGGCGGCGCCUCCCGCCGGGCCACAUGGGCCUGCCCUUCCUUGGCGAGACGCUCUCCCUGCUCUGGCACUUCAAGAUGGCGCGCCGCCCGGACGCGUUCAUCGGCGUCAAGAGGCGCGCGCACGGGGCCGGGGCCGGCAUCUACCGGACGCACCUCUUCGGCUCCCCCGCCGUCAUCGUGUGCUCGCCGGCGGCCAACAAGUUCGUGCUCCAGUCUGCCGACAGCUUCGGCGUGCGGUGGCCCGUGCCGGAGCUCGUCGGCCACACGUCCGUCGUCAACGUCGAGGGCGCCAGCCACGCCAGGCUCCGCGGGUUCAUCCUCGCCGCCAUCAACCGUCCCAGCUCGCUACGGACCAUCGCCACCGUCGUGCAGCCGCGUGUCGUGGCGGCGCUAGCGGCGUGGGCGGACAUGGGGACCAUCGUCGCCGCCACCGAGAUCAAGAAAGUGACGUUCGCCAACAUCUGCAAGAUGUUUAUAAGCAUGGAGCCGUCGCCAUUGACGUACCAGAUCGACCAGUGGUUCGGCGGCUUGGUUGCUGGCCUCAGGGCAUUCCCCUUGGAUUUUCCAGGGACGGCAUUUCAUGGUGCUCGCAAGUGCCGUCGGAAGCUCAACGCGGCCUUCAGGCAGGAGCUGGAGGCGAGGAAGAAGGUGGACAAGGAGUGCGAAGAUCUCAUGAGCGGGCUGAUGCACAUGGAGGACGAGCAAGGGAAGAAGCUGAGCGACGAGGAGGUGGUGGACAACAUCGUGUCCCUCGUCGUCGCCGGCUACGAGUCCACCGCCAGCGCCAUCAUGUGGGCGACCUACCACCUCGCCAAAUCCCCCGCCGCCCUCGCCAAGCUCCGAGAGGAGAACGUGGCGGUGAGCGGGAGCAAAGCCGGCUCAGCGCUGAUGAUCACCCACGACGACCUCCCGAGGAUGAAGUACACGGCGAAGGUGGUGGAGGAGACGAUCCGGAUGGCCAACAUCGCGCCGAUGGUGCACCGCGUGGCCAACAGGGACGUGGAGUACGGCGGGUACAUGAUUCCGGCGGGGUGGCCGGUGUUGGUGUGGGUGAGGUCGCUGCACACCGAUCCCAGCUUCUACCAGGAUCCCCUCACCUUCAACCCUGACAGAUGGGAUGAGCCGGCCAAGCCAGGGACGUACCAGGUGUUCGGUGGCGGCUACAGGAUCUGUGCCGGCAACAUGCUCGCUAGGCUUCAGCUCACCAUCAUGCUGCAUCACCUCUCCAUUGGAUACGAAUGGGAGCUGUUGAAUCCAGAUGCGGAGAUCGAUUAUCUUCCACACCCAAGGCCGAUGGACGGUGCAGCCAUGGCCUUCCGUAAGCUCAAACCCAACGCAUGAUCAAGUUACAUUUCUGGCCAAAUAAACCAGUCUAGCAUUGUAGUGCAUGCCUGUAUGGUUGUAUGUUAAUUUUAUGACAGCUGCAUAUAGUCUGUGUUUUUUGAAAAAGAUGUUGCUGAGAAUGUGGCAUCGUCUGUGUAAUCAAAUCAAGAGAACAUAUGUUU